AUGAAAUCUCGUCUCGGUAAUCUCAGGCUUUACAAGUUUGAUGUGGCUUCCGAGUCUGACGUCGGAGUUAUAAUAAUAACUUACCCAAGUGGUCUAUCAGUAAUUGAAAAGAUUCAGUUGACGCGAUACACAGGACGAAGACGAAGACGAGGUUCAAAAGCUGGAUUGUCCAAAUCAUUCCUAGAUAAGGUCCACUGGUCCUUCAUGGAGCAACAAUAUUCCAACAUAGAUAAUCAGAUAUCCGACUACAUUGUCUCCAAUUUCUGUUUCAAGGAUCUUGACAUCGUACCUCCGGCUUGUCCCGUCCUCGUCUUUCACUUUCACACUAGAUUUUCUGAACAAGAUCAUGUCCCUGAGGAUAAUAUCACAUCCAUUGCGCGUGCUGUCUUGUCCACAUUGAGAGUCAGAGACUCUGUUCUGAGCGUUGAAGAUGCGUUAACCAAGUGUGUACCAAUUGCUCCACCAACGACGGAGAUCGUAGACUGUUACCAAGGCUCGGAGUUGUGUUGUCUCUGUGGAAAAGGGUAUCCGAAAGAAGAUGAGAUUGUUCAUAAAACAAGAUGCAAUCACAUCUUUCACGCUACUUGUAUCUCUCGUUACUUGUUGCGCACUCCUCAAUGCCCUAUCUGCUCUGUACACUUACCACCUGUCGACAUCCGAACUCUACUCUUCUCCUAA